UCCACCGCCAAGGCCGAGGAAGGCAUUGCUGCUGGAGGUGUAAUGGACGUGAAUACUGCGCUGCAAGAGGUGCCGAAGACCACCCUCAUCCACGAUGGCCUCGCACGUGGCAUCCGCGAAGCCGCCAAAGCCCUAGACAAGCGCCAAGCCCAUCUUUGUGUGCUUGCAUCCAACUGUGAUGAGCCUAUGUAUGUCAAGUUGGUGGAGACACUUUGUGCUGAACACCAGAUCAACCAAAUUAAGGUUGAUGACAAUAAGAAACUAGGAGAAUGGGUUGGCCUCUGUAAAAUCAACAGAGAAGGGAAACCCCGUAAAGUGGUAGGCUGCAGUUGUGUUGUGGUUAAGGACUGUGGCAAAGAAUCACAGGCCAAGGAUGUCAUCGAGGAGUACUUCCAAUGCAAGAAAUAA